CCAAAGGCCAAAGGUCACACAUUUUUUUUUUCUCUUCAGAUUUGGUACUCUAUACUCUAUAGGAGUUACCAUUUUCUUGGAAACAGCUUCAAUGGUUCCUUGUUAAAUUGUCCAAAAUUGGUUCUUGAAUGUAAAUUAGUAUAGUGAUGCAAAUUACUGAAUCCAUUAUCAAUGGCAAAUCUUGUUCCUGGGGUGCUUUUGAAACUGAUGCAACACAUGAACACAGAUAUCAAAGUUGGUGGUGAACACAGGUCAUCACUUCUUCAAGUUGUGAGCAUUGUUCCAGCACUUGCAGGCACUGGUGAUGAUCUUGAUCUCUUCUCAAACCAUGGAUUCUACCUAAAGGUCUCUGAUUCAUCUCAUGCAACCUAUGUUUCUCUUCCUGAUGAAGAUGAUGAUCUCAUUCUCAGUGACAAAAUCCAACUUGGCCAGUAUGUGUUUGUUGAAAGGCUUGAACCAGCUUCCCCUGUUCCUAUUCUUCAUGGUGUUAGACCUGUCCCUGGUAGACACCCUUGUGUUGGAACACCACAAGAUAUUGUUGCAAAUGCAACCAAAAACAACUCACCUGGAUUGUUCCUUGGCAAAGGUGCUAAGGUUGAUAUGAAUAACACUGGUUUUUGUUCUGGUAAUGGUGAUGCAGCUGAGAGAUCAAAAGCAAACCCAAAGUCUUAUGUUAAGAGGGAAAAACAGGAAGAGAAGAAACCAGUGAUGUUUGGUAAUGGCAGGUCUAAAUCUCCUAUGACAAAAACAGGAGGAGAUACUGGUGUUCAGGUGAAGAAGGAGCCAUUGGCAAGAUUGAAGUCCUUGAAUUCAAGUUCAAGGUCUGUUACUCCUUCUUCACCAAGUAGUUGCUAUUCACUGCCUACUUCUUUUGAGAAGUUUGCAAAUGGGGUGAAGCAGCAGGCAAGUAUCAAGGGUGCCCGUGGGGGGAGUUCUCCCAACGGGAAGAGGAUUGUGAUGGGGAAUCCAAUCAGGAAUUUGGUUCAGGGAAUUGAGCUUGGUGCUAAGGUUCUGAGAAAGAGUUGGGAAGGGAAUAUCAUGGAGGUCAAGACUAAAGAGACACCUAAAUUAAGGGCAGCCAAGUGUGAUCCUAAACAAGAAGUUCUUAGUUCUACUCCUAGGAGAAGUACUUCAAGUGAAAAGUUGGCCUCUAAGGAAGAGGGUAAGAUUCAAGCACCCACAAAGUCCUCUAAGGAAGAGCACAAGGCUCAAACAUCUACAAAGAAAGUUAGUGCUAAUGGAACCGUGGAGGAACAAGAAAAGUCAAGCAAGCCAAGAGUUUCCAUUGGAAAGAAAUCAUCUGAGGUUUCUAAAACUGGAUUCCCUGGGAACUUGGUCAAGGUUUUUCCAAAUAGUAGAAAAGUGACAGAUGCAAGUGUGCAAUGGUCUUCACUCCCCUCAUCAAUUGCAAAGCUUGGAAGGGAAGUGAUGAGGAACAGAGAUGCAGCACAGAUGGCAGCAACAGAGGCUUUGCAAGAGGCUUCUGCUGCAGAGAGUUUGCUACAAUGUCUAAGUUUAUAUGCAGAACUAAGCAAUUCUGCUAAAGAACAAAACCCGCAGCCCACGAUAGAGCAGUUCUUAACUCUUCAUUCAAGCCUGAAUAGUUCACGAACAAUUGCUGACUCGGUAUCUAAACCAAUUCCAGAUGCUUCAUCUCCGGAUUACGAAAGUAGCACAAUGGAAGAAGCACUAAAAGUCAAAUCACAUAUACAGAAACUUGCAACUUCAUGGAUCCAGGGUGCCUUAGCCACCAAUCUAUCAUCCUUUUCUGUCUACAAUCUAGAACCUCAGCCAUCCAAGCUUCAAGCUUCAAGCAAUUCUCGAAAUCAAAAGAACAUCCUGGGAAGUAGUAAGCCAAUGUUGAUCCUUGAGAAUUCAUGUGAAGACACUUCGUCAAAAUCUCAAGGUAAAACUCGCCCUAUUACCAAGCUUGCCUCGCAAGGAACUCCACGAAAAUCAGUCGAUGGGUUAGCAAACGGGCACAACAAGCAACUAGUCCAACCUCUACCACAAUGGACUAAAGGAAAUGGCCUUGAUGAGGUGGUUAAUUUGGCUGACAUGCUGCAAUUAAGGUCAAGAGACUGGUUUCUUGGAUUUGUUGAGAGAUUCUUGGACACUGAUGGGGACAUUAGUUUGUCAAAUAAUGGUGAAAUUGCGGGCAUGCUGGGUCAACUAAAGAGUGUGAAUGAUUGGUUGGAUGGGAUAGGAUCAGCGAAGAAUGAGGGAGAAGUGCCAUGCCAGAUACCAGCAGAGACAAUUGAGAGGUUGAGGAAGAAAAUAUAUGAGUAUCUUCUUACACAUGUUGAAUCUGCUGCUGCUGCGCUCACUGCUGGAUCACAACCGUCACUUGAGAUCCAAACAAAAGAAACAAAAUCCAAAAGGUGAAAAAUGAUUGUGUAGCUGAGAUUAAGGUAUUCAUUCUUUUUGGUGGCGUGGGACUGAAGUUACUAGAAACCUGGUACAGGGCACGGUUCAUUUCGAUAUGGACUUAGAUACUUUCUGUAAUUAAAAUACAAGUAUUUCUUUAGAGAGAAUUUGUCCAUACUCCAUACCAAAGAUGUGUGUAAGAAGAAGAAGGAUUCUUCUCAUUGUGUUUUAUAUUGUACAUAAAUCCUACAUGGGUUUGAGGUAUAGAUGGAGUGCUAAUAAUUUAUGAGGGAAAAAGAAAAAUGUUGAAAAUGUAAGUUGUGAUGCGGAUUUUUUUUUUUAGUUCCUUCCCUCUUUUUCCUCCUUCUAAAUUAAUGUUCGGAUGACAUACAAAUUGAGACAUUUGAAGAUAUAAGCAAUAAUAAUGAUCUCUUUUUUCGUU